AUGAUUGAAACUCUUGCAACAAGUGAGACUCCAGAACUGCUGCGUCGGCUGAAUAUGCUACUGGAACAGGAGUUGAGAUGUCAGCCGAAACUCUCGGGCCUGAGGCUAAUUGAAUCAGCUCACGAUAACGGACUCCGGAUGACUGCGAGGUUGCGAGACUUUGAAGUGAAAGACCUGCUUAGUUUAAUUCACUUCUUUGGCUUUAGCACGGAGACAUUUUCUCUUGCUGUGAAUUACUUAGACAGGUUUUUAUCAAAAAUGAAGGUACAGGCCAAACACUUAGGCUGUGUCGGUCUAAGCUGCUUCUACUUGGCAGUAAAAGCAGUGGAAGAAGAGAUAAAUGUUCCUCUAGCUGCUGAUCUGAUUCGAAUAAGUCAGUAUCGGUUCACGGUUUCCGACCUGAUGAGAAUGGAGGGGAUUCUUUUAGAGAAGCUGUGUGGAAAACCAAACGUAACAACUGCCUUCCAGUUUCUACAACUCUAUCAUUCAGUAUUACGUGACAACCUAAGCAAUGAGAGGAAAAAGCAUCUUAGCUUUGACAGACUUGAAACACAGCUUAAAGCAUGCCACUGCAGAAUUGCUUUUUCUAAAGCAAAGCCAUCUGUGUUGGCACUCUCAAUAAUAGCCCUGGGAGCUGAAGAAAAACUGCUGGAAUUGAUGGAAAUGGUAGAAUGCUUCAGAGUACAUUCCAAGAUAAAUGGCAGAGAGUUGUCCUUUUGGAAGGAACUGGUGUCAAAGUGCCUCACGGAAUAUUCCUCAAGCAAGUGCUCAAAACCAAAUGCUCAAAAGCUAAAAUGGAUUGUGUCUGGCCGCACAGCAAGACAACUAAAGCACAGCUACUACAGAAUAGCCCACCUUCCUACUAUACCAGAGACUGGUUUCUCAAUAAUGGAAGAGAAAGUGGAGUGACUAGUAACGCGUGUGUAUCGUUAAGGGCUAAGAUCUACUUCAUACUGAAGCAGAGAAUCUAUU